CUGUACCCAGUUGCCUGAGGUGUAUCCUUCCCUCCUUUUGACCAGUUCAGAUGAGUGAGGGUCCAGAGUGGGCUGUUCCCCCGACCCCUCCCUCCUUGUUUGCAUAGACUUCCACAUUCGUUCGCCAGUUGUAUAUACCCAGUACCCAGGCUUCCUGCCUCCCUUCCCCGUGCAACUCCCGCUCAGCAUCCGUCCCUGGGCCUGCCCAGGCGACUUCCCAGCAUUGACUGGGUCCUCCUGGAGACCUGUCGUGCCAAAGCCUGGACUCCCUGCUCCCCGUCUGUUCUCUUCCUCCGUAGAACAAAGGGCUCUUCAGCUUUGUCAGCCUGCAGCUGUUUGGGCCCCUGGAGAAGACCGCCAGGGGAGCCCGCUUUGCCUUUGUGACUACUGACUACUUUACAAAAUCAGUCCUUGCCGCACCUAUGCAAACCUGCUCCCCCGAGGACACUGGCAGGCAGAUCUUUGAGCUGGUGAGGAAGUUUGGCCUACCGGAAGGCAUCUUCAGCACUCAGCAGCAAGGCUUCAUCCUCCAGCUAAAUAAAAUUUUGAAAAUGGCCUUGAAAAUAAAACGUAACCUGGUUGUUGAAUACUGUCCUCAAACAGACGGGUUCCUAGAAGACACCAAGGCCUUUGUGAGGAGGCUUCUCUCCCUGGUGCUGACAGCAAACCCGACAGAUUGGGACCAACACCUCCAUGAGGUUUUCUUCCUCCAGAGCAGACCCUCUGACUACGAAGAGGAGGAGGACUUGAGUGGCCCAGAGGUCAAGUUGCAAGACGUCUCCUGUGCCCCUGAUGCAAACUGCUCCCCAUUCGUCUGUGCCCCCGAGGCCCCGCAGAGCUGCCCAGAUAGCGAGAGGGACUCCCCGGUGAGAGCCCCAAGAAGCGAGGACAGGUGUCUGUAUUGUAACAGGCUUCCCGAUGAGGGUGACAGUGAUGUGUUUGCUGUGCUACAGUGCGACCGAUGCCAGGUGUGGGCCCAUGACUUGUGUGUGACGAGGCGGCAUGGACGAGUGUAUCAGAAAACCAGCGUCCGGUGCAGAACCUGCCUCCUGGCAGAUGAAGGAGCGGGGCCGGGGCCCGGACCCUUCUCCAGAGCUCUGGAAGCAGAGGGGAGCAGGUCAAGCAGCUUGGGGCCCUAAGGAGGACCAUGGGACCAAUGUGGCCGGCCACGGGCACCACCGGGCAGCAAACACUCAUCAUCUUCCCGCCUUCCAAGUAGCUGGUGGGCCCUGAGCCUGGGCCUGCCCCAUCUCUGCCAGGGACAGACAGAUGUGCCCUGCGUGAGGACCGUGUACAAACGCUGCUGCGAUGGGUGAAGUCACUACAACCUCCAAUGUCUGUUCCAUGUAUUCUUUAGUUUUGAGAUCCCUAAAAAAGUAAAUCAGCUGCCCUUCUCCUACCCUCCCCCAACACUUACUCACAAGGCCUCUGUGACCCAGCUUCCCCUCCCUUCUCCGAGGAGCCAGGAUGGUCAGACAACAGUCAACAUACAUCUCUCUGAUGCCUGCCUGUCAUGGGACAGUCACUGUGCCCACCUCUUGGGAUACGAAGGUAGAAAUGAACCUGUCCUCCCUGAGACUGCAUCUCGGACUCUGGACCCCUAGCCCACCACCUCCCUACAAAGACACAAGAUAAUAUUUUAUUAAAAGUUAAUAUUUACUAUUUGGGGGUUAGUUGGGAAGUUUUGCUGUGACAAAAUUUAGUAUGAAAAUAAUUUUUAUAGCUUUUUGAUUUAUCUGUAAGCUCCAUCCCUCCAAAAAAAAAAUCAAAUUCUUUUAAGAGACUUAAAUUUUGUCAGUGGUGUAUAGUUCCUGGUUUUCUGUGUCAUAGUAACUAAUUUUGAAAUUUA